AUGCAGAUUCCUCUACUUCGGCUGCAAUGCGGCGUCAAUAGUUACGAUUGGGGCAAGGUCGGCCAAGAGUCGGCAGCAGCUCGGUAUGCCGCAACUACGGCUGCCCCGGAUUUCAAGGUCGAGGAUGACAAGCCAUAUGCAGAGUUGUGGAUGGGCACUCACCCCUCGCUACCCUCGAAAGACGUCGAGACCCAGCGUUCCCUCCUCGAUCUCGUACAGGACAACCAGGCUCUCCUAUCGACCGAAAUUAGCGAGCGAUAUGGCAGCCGCCUUCCAUUUCUGUUCAAGGUGCUCUCCGUCCGCAAGGCCCUGAGCAUUCAAGCCCACCCCAACAAGAAGCUGGCCGAGCAGCUCCACGCGCGGGAUCCGAGAAACUAUCCCGAUGACAACCAUAAACCCGAGAUGACCAUUGCCGUCACCCCGUUUGAAGGACUCUGCGGCUUCCGCCCACUCGCCGAGAUCACCCAUUUCCUCCAAGCUAUCCAGCCCCUCCGCACACUCGUUGGCAGCCAGGCUGCCGGUGACUUUGAACAGGCCGUCAAGGGUAAUGAGGACUCGGAAGACUCGUCGGUUAUUCAGAAGAACAAGGAUGCUCUGCGAUCUUUGUUCACCAUCCUGAUGGAAUCUGCCCCCGAAAAGGUCGAGACCGCUUGUAAGGAACUUGUUGCUCUCGCAAAGGAUUCCCCAGACAGCUUCGGUACUCUUCCCGGCGAGGUCGAGACCAACCCGUCCAACCCUGGCGAGCUGGCCGAGAUCAUUGGCCGACUUGACCAGCAGUUCCCCAACGAUAUUGGAUCAUUUGUUUUCUUCUUCCUUAACUUUGUCAAGCUGGAGCCCGGCGAGGCUAUGUUUUUGAAGGCUGAUGACAUCCACGCUUAUGUUUCGGGAGAUAUUAUCGAGUGCAUGGCUUCUUCCGACAACGUUGUCCGCGCCGGCUUCACCCCUAAGUUCAAGGACGUCGAUACUCUGACCAAGAUGUUGACCUACUCCUACGCCCCCAUCGAGGAUCAGAAGCUCCGACCAACAGACUACCCAUAUACUAUCCUGAACGCGACAGCUUACUCGAGUGCUUCCGAUGUUGUCAAGACCGACUUGAAGCGCACUGGCGCCAAGGCGACCUUUGACCCCAUCGAGGGCCCCAGUGUCAUCAUUUGUACUCGUGGCAACGGGACCAUCACUGUCGGAAGUAAGACGGAGGAGGUGCGCGAGGGCUAUGUGUUCUUCGUUGGCGCCACUGCUGAGUGUAUCAUCCAAAACACUGGCAGCGGAGAGGGCGAGGAUGAUGUCUUUACGACGUUCAAGGCGUUCUGCGAACUGGACGGUAAGGAGGACUUGACCAAUGGCAACUAG